GUUUCUCAAAGGCUGUUGUGGCUGACGACGUGAUGGCGCCUGACGUGUCGUUUGACGUUGUUUGACACUUGCAGACGAAAUUUUGCAGUUCUCUAAUUAAGGGUUGUAAUGAAAGUCUUUAGUGCAUUGUGAAAGACCUCUCUCGAAAUGGAGGCGCUUUACCACCAAACGAACAUCCUCAUACAGGAAACUCAAUCCUGUUUUGAGAGGUUAAAUAAGGCUGGCGAAGCAAAUGCCGAAGCAUUGGAAAAUGAAAUUCAGCAAAGGAUAAGCACUGUCACGAAAAAUUGUGAGCGUCUUGAUCAAUAUGUUUACAAAGAGCCUGUUGCAAGACGACAAAGUGCCAAAACAAGAGUGGAUCAACUGAAGUAUGACAACCAUCAUUUACAGGCUGCUCUCCGAAUGUACCAACACAGGCAAGCUCAGUAUAGAAGAGAAGAAACAGAGAGGGAAGAACUUCUUAGUCGACGAUUUACUCACAAUUCAGCAGAUGCAGAAACCGUUAUUUUCAUAGAUCACUCAAUCCAGCAUCACUCUGCUUUAAAUAAUGCAAACCGCGGAGUGGAUGACAUGCUUCGAUCUGGUGCGGGAAUCUUGGAAAGCCUUCGUGACCAGAGAGAUACACUCAAGAAUGCUCAAAGGCGUAUUAUCGACAUAGCAAAUACUUUAGGUCUGUCCAACACAACAAUGCGACUCAUAGAAAAGCGCGCCCGUGAAGAUAAGUUUGUCCUGCUUGGAGGGAUAUUUGUCACCCUUGUUGUUAUAUUACUAGUUAUCAUAUAUUUAACUUGAAAAUCUAAGUAUCAAGUACAAAUUCUUUAUAUGAAUGCAAACUUGCAACAUUCCA